UCAGACGGUUCCGUUCUUGCGGAGAGAGUGGAUGUCGUUAUAGUGUUCUUGCUUUAUUAUAGAUCGCAAAAAAAAAAAGAAACGCGUAAAUCAUCAAUUGUGAAGAGUGUCGUCUUUACACAGCAAAAUUUCUCAAUUUUGUGCAAAGUCAAUCUUAAGUGAGAGAAAUUAAUUUUUUUUUCGUUUUAGACUCGAAUAACGCUUUAGUUAGUUUCUUUUCCUUUUUUUUUCGAAAGCUGGGAAAUAGUGACAGUGUUGUUUAUUGUUUUGAACCCUGUGACAUCGAGGUGAUUGACGAAACAGGAAUUAUUUACUUUUUCCUUUAUUAAAACAGCUAAAAGUGAAUUAAUUGUGAUUUCGGGAGUGUUAUAAAUUGACUACUUGUGUCUAACCGAUGUUAGAUAUCGUGACCUAAGGGUUCCGUAUGACUGUGAGGGGGAAUAAUUAGUUGUGUUUUUAUUGACUCCCAAGUGUUUUUGAAAAAGCCAGCAAACUGUACGGGCACAGGGAGGAAGAUAUGCUCACGAUGGAGUCGGAUUUGAAGGGCGGCAGUUUGCACGCGCAAAUGCCCCCACAUACCCAUCAUAGUCUUUCGACGAUGGGUCAUCAUGCCACAACAACAUCGCCCUAUCCAAAUUUAGGUGGUCUUGUUUCAAAUCCCAUAUCCGUAAGUCCGCCAAGUAGCGUUGGACUUGGUGGUUUGGGAAUGCAACACCAUCAUCAGACACAACAUCAUUACAGUGCCAUGCAACCAGCACAACAGCAACAACAACAAGUGAUGCACAGUCUUGCUCAACAGAGUGCCGCCGCACAACAGCAACAUCAUUCACAAUCUCAACAGCAAACCCAACAGCAUCAGACUUCAAACAACAAUAAUAAUACAAGCAAAACUAAUAACAAUGAUCGUGUCAAGAGGCCAAUGAAUGCAUUUAUGGUUUGGUCCCGGGGUCAACGUCGCAAGAUGGCCCAAGAAAAUCCCAAAAUGCACAAUUCGGAAAUUUCAAAGAGGCUCGGUGCCGAAUGGAAGCUUCUCAGCGAAACGGAGAAACGACCAUUUAUCGAUGAAGCCAAACGACUCAGGGCCGUUCACAUGAAGGAACAUCCCGAUUACAAGUAUCGACCACGUCGCAAGACAAAGACCAUCAACAAGAAGGACAAAUUCCCACUUGGCGGUGUUGUUUCUGGUGUUGCUGGUAUGUUGGCCGUUGAUCAACGACAAGUUGGAGGUGCCGCUGGAUCACAACAACCACAAUUAUCGCGUGAUGUUUAUCAAAUGACAAAUGGAUAUAUGCCAAAUGGUUCACAUUUAAUGUAUGAUCCAUCAGCUUAUCAACAGCAUCCGGCUUAUAAUAGUCAUAUGGCCGCAAAUGCAGCCGCCGCGGCAGCGUACACAAGGUACGAUAUGAGCCAUCACAUGGGAGGUGGCAGUCCAAGUCCCAUUAAUAAUUACGUGAAUGGCUAUGGUGGUUAUGGUACUGCAGCCAUUCCCGGUGGUUCACCAUCGCCUUAUCAUCAAACUCAACCUGGAUCACAAAUGUCCAGUCAUAGUCCAAGUGGAAGCAGCAUAAAAUCAGAGCCAACGAGUCCUGCGAGCGGCGGAAUUCACACACCAACACCCACUGGUGGACCAACGUCCUCAGGCGUACCCGGCGGUGUUAAAAGAGAAUACAUGGGCCAACAGCCACAACAACAGGGUCCCGAUCUCAGGAACAUGAUCAAUGUUUAUCUACCAGGAAUACAAGAUCAUAAUUCUGUACAGCACAAUUCCGUUUAUGCAACCGGACCAGUAACGGACUCACUGUCUCAGCAUCAUUCAGCCUUACCACCUCUAUCACACAUGUCGGAUAGUGAACGCAAGAUGAUAAAUCCGGAAACCGGUUGUUACUCAUCCGAGUCGGUGCGAGCGUGGGAUUGGAAUGGAACGAGCAAUGUUCGUGUACAAGAAUCCUGGCCAACGUGAGCGUCUUACGAUAUGGACAAAUCUCACCUCUCCAGCCUAAAGGAUCACGCCCCUUGAUCGUUUCGCGCAUCAUGGUGAGUUCCCAGGUACCAACAUCCAGAAAGUGUCUACAGAUUCAAUCCUCGAUCUUACCCCUAUCCAAAUGAAAAUGAAGACUCAAUCACGGAGUAAAAUCUGUUAACAAUCAUGAAUCCCCCUCCCAAAAACAAACCAAUAAAUUGUUAAUUCGUCAAUAAUUGUUAAUUAUUUUUAAGUAAUUGAUUAAUUUUUUUUAUUAUUUACUAUAAUAAUUAGCCGAUAAUUAUUUAUUUCUAUAUAUACAUAUCGCAAGAAUUACUAAAAAUAAAAGUGGACAAAUAUUGUAAAUACUACGCUAUAAAUUAAGGUAAAAUUAAAUAAUCCUUUAGAAGAUAUGUGUAAAAUAAACAAAAAAUCAGAAAAUUAUAAAUUAUCUAGGACUCAAUUUUCUGUUUUUAUUAUUCAUUUAUUAUAUAGAAAAAAAGCGUUAAUUUCUAUUUUAAUUAGUAAAAAUAAUAUUAUUUUCGAAAAAAAUAGGAGAUAAAUUAGUCAUAUUAAUCAGUAAUUUGUAAAUGAUUAGUUUAGUAUGAAAUUUUGAAAAUUCCUUGUAUAGCGAUACAUUUUGAUACGUAAUUACGUAUAAAUACGUAUGUAUAUAUGUUUAAAAGCAAUACAAUAAGUAUGAUGAGAAAAGAAUAAGUGAAUGGUCCCAAAGGCCGAGACGGUCAAUUUGAUAACGUUACUCUGUAAAUCAGCGAAACUUACUGCGUUACACGUUAUAGCGAAAGAUGCUUGGUUGUAUACUUUACUUUAUAAACAUAAACAGGUUUUAUCUUAAACGAAUGAUAAAUCAAAUACGGACUUUGUAUGUAAUAUUUCAAAAGUGCAGUUUCUAUAUUUGCAGGCAGCGACAAACAAAUAUAUAUAUAUAUACCUACUUAUGAAUUAUAGCCAUUUGCCUUGUACAUGUGAAUAUUUAUAAUUUUCAUCUUUUUUAGUAGGUUUCAUUCCAAUUUACUUUAGUUGACCGUCAAUUUUACAAUUUUAUUUUCAUACACGUCCGCUUGUGACACGUGGCAUUCGAUAAUACAUAAAACAUCUGCAAAUGGUGACACUAAAAAUUGUUGCAUUGUAUGCGAGGUGCAGAGAUCAUUUUUCUUCUUUAAAUAAAUAUUGUCACAUAUACAAAAAUAAACUUUGUUUUUAUAAAAAAAAAAA